CAUUACAAGCCAUGCAGACUUGGGCGUCAAAAGUACCCUUUUUGAGUGACAACACGUUUUGAUCAUGCGACAAACGCCUGGUGUGACGUAGCUUGAGUUUUUCAAAACGAAAAAAAUAUGAUUGAUUAUAGCGCAUAUAUAUACAGAAUCUAUUUGGCUCGUAUUCACUUUACUGUGGGACAAUCUUCGUAGUGAAAUCGCUCGUUUUACAGAACAAGAUAUCUUGGAGAUUUGGACAAAAAUGGCAAAGCUAUUUUUUUACGCAUGUGCCGUAGUAUCAUCUAUUCUACUUGUUACAGAGUCGGCCUAUGAUCCCGAGUCAUUCGUCGUGAAUACCGUAUAUUUGGCCGUUACGUAUGUGGAUCAGGAAUAUACAGUGGAUGUUAAAUUAUAUAUUAGCAAUCAAAUUGAUUCAUUAACCAAGCCACAAAAACUACAAGUCACCGCCCAAACCAAGUCUGUCAUAUCCAACUCCCCUUCUCCCGAAGAAAGGCUUAUUGCUUAUUACAUUCUUCAUAACUUGAAACCAGAUGACUAUCCGAUUCCAGCUGCAUCAAACUGGUUUGAAGAUCAAAUAUCCCAGAUUGAUUUUCCUAAUCAACAAAAAUGGGAAGAAUUUGUGAAUGUGGAUGAUAUAGGCUUCUAAUAAAGUCAAAUCCAAAACCAGGUUUUCCUGGAAAUUUUAUUCUUUGUAUUUUUCGUCAGUAUAAAUUCGUAAAACUCAUUAUAAAUUGUAAUUUAUUUUUUGGCGACAUACUAAAAUAUGUAGCAUGCGGAUGCGUUAAAUUCGACACCUAUUGCUUUUAUUUCAUUCAUGUCCACACUUGUUUCAAAUUAAAUUCGUAUUUUGGGUUCAAGUUAGAAAGAAAGCUUUCAAUAUAAUACCGCCUUGGUCAUGAUGUGCGCGAUCGGCUAAAUCAGUGGUUCCCAACCGAUGUUCCGCGACAUUUUAGCGUCCCAACAGUAUAGCCCGGGGAAUAAACAAAAAAUACUUAUUAUUGAACUUGUCACAGUUCAAAUAUCAUUUUGUGUUCAUCAGUAUAUAUAUUCUGCUUACAGCCUUACGUUCAUUGUAUAGGAGUUCAUAGACCCUCUGGAAUGCUUCUUUUGCGUUUAUCGCUGCCAAAUAUGUCGGAAACAACUGGGUUGAUUGAAAUUCGAAAGAUCUGCUUAUAUUGACAUAUAUUAAUUGCUUUUUAUAAUAUUUCAGAUCCGAUUUGUCGAAUUUAAACUGAGUUUUAAUUUUCAUGAAAACAUGCUUCAUAUUUCGAUGACUGCUUGCAUUGUAUUGCUUGUUAUUCUGCAUUGUAAACUUGGACUGAAUUUGAUUAGAAAAAGAUUAAUUUGCAACCAGAUGUGUAAUUGCGCAAUAUCAAAAUUUCUUUCCGGCUUUUUUCAGCUCGUUUAUUCCGUUAUUUCGGUGGAGUACUUUAUUGCGCGCCCCCAUUCUUGUAUUUCAAAACUGAGUGAAAAUUGAGUUGUAAUACAUUUAUUUUAUUAGUGCUCAAUUUUUUUGACUUAUAAUAUCACGGAAAUAUAUAUACGGUUAAU